UUUUGAGACCAUUGAUAAACAACUGGGGGAGAAAAAAAACUGCGACAACACUCCCGACUUGAAAAGCGGGGCUAGUUCGAUAUUUGGAUCUCUUCACAGUGUAAACAAUUUCAACAAAGGCAAGUGUGUGCGGAUGAUGUAAUUGCAGAACAAUACAGCAUCACCGGUGCAGAAAUCAAGACCCUUAUGCCACUAGUUGGGGUGUGCUCGGGGGGGGGGGGGGGGGGGGGGGGGGGGUCUUUCUGACCUUGUCGAUUCCAACAAGCUGUCCUGUUACUCCACACACCACUGACAUAGAGUCAUGUCCCCGUUACUUAUUAUGGCGAGUGGCGCACGUGCACGAGAAGCCCAACCAGAGCCCCGCAAUGCGAGCAGAUGAAUGCAACGUUAGGGGGUAACUGAGGGGGGGGGGGGAAUGUGGGGAGUGACGGAGGAGGAGGAAAUGGAGGAGGGGUGGACAGAGACAGAGCGGCAGAAUCACUGAAAUAGCACAGGCGAGCUUGUGACAAACGCAGAGAAGCCCGGGCUUGCGUCAGGGUAGCGGCGAAGACGGCGGAGGCACCUGCGAGGCUUCAUUAGCGCCAGGGAAGAAGAGUCGGGUCAGGCUGAUUGGAUCAGAUGUUUGCGCGCGACGUGGCGAUAGAGGAGAAGGCGUUCUAAGCGGGGAUGGGAGGAUGCGACACUUCGCUGCCCACCUGACUCAUCCCGGGAGUCGUCGGCACCUGCUGCAGCCCGCCUGAGGAGACCGGGGGGGGGGGGGGGCUGAGAUCACGCGGACGCCUCAUCAAACGGCGGGGUCGAGCGCAGCUGCGGCAAAACUGAAAUGAAAGCGGCAUCCCCAACCCCGAGAGAGGCGUUGAAAGGGUGCGGCCGUUUACGUGGCGCCAGCCUCGUUUCUACCUGUCGCCGCGAAGUCGACCGCAGCGGUUGCGGGUCCGAGCGUACUCCGAGCGGUAGCGGCAUCGGGAGACUGAAUGACCAGCGUGGCUGAUGAAGGCCACCUGGAUCCGCCUGCUGAAAAGAGCUAAGGGAGGUCGCGUCAAGAGCUCGGAUGCCUACGGUUCGGCCGAUUCCUACACCAGCCGUCCAUCAGACUCGGAUGUGUCUCUGGAGGAGGACAAGGAGGCAGUGCGUCGAGAGGCAGAGAGACAAGCUCAGGCACAACUUGACAAGGCCAAGACAAAACCAGUCGCGUUUGCCGUCCGCACGAACGUCAACUACAGCCCCAGUCACGACGACGAUGUGCCCGUACCCGGCAUGGCGCUCUCCUUCGAGGCCAAAGACUUCCUUCACGUCAAAGAGAAAUUCAACAAUGACUGGUGGAUAGGGCGCCUGGUGAAGGAAGGCUGCGAGAUCGGUUUCAUUCCCAGUCCGGUGAAGCUGGAGAACACUCGAGUCCUCCAAGAGCAGAGAGUCAAACAGGGCAAGUUCCAUUCCAGCAAACUGGGAGCAAACUCCUCCUCAAGUUUAGGUGAAGUAGUUUCAAACUCCCGGAAGUCUACUCCUCCUUCGUCUGCCGUUGACAUAGACGCCGCAGGGUUAGACCCCGACGACAAUGAGCCACCGGUCAACCUGCGCUCCCCUCGAUGCGGCGCUAACACUGUCACGUCCCCCUUAGCAAAAGAAAAACGAAUGCCCUUUUUUAAGAAGGCGGAACACGUUCCUCCAUACGAUGUGGUGCCUUCCAUGCGGCCCGUGGUUCUCGUUGGACCGUCACUGAAGGGCUACGAGGUGACGGACAUGAUGCAAAAAGCGCUGUUUGACUUUUUAAAGCACCGAUUUGAGGGACGUAUCUCCAUCACUCGCGUCACGGCGGACAUCUCGCUCGCCAAGCGCUCCGUCCUGAACCAUCCGAGCAAGCACGCCAUCAUCGAGCGCUCCAACACGCGCUCCAACUUGGCCGAGGUCCAGAGAGAGAGGGAACGUAUCUUCGAGCUAGCGCGGACGCUGCAACUUGUCAUCCUGGAUGCGGACACCAUCAACCACCCAUCCCAGCUGGGCAAGACGUCCCUGGCCCCCAUUAUCGUCUACGUCAAGAUCACCUCCCCCAAGGUGCUGCAGAGACUCAUUAAGUCGCGAGGCAAGUCUCAGGCCAAACACCUUAACGUCCAGAUGGUAGCGGCCGACAAGCUGGCACAGUGCCCGCCCGAGAUGUUUGAUAUCAUCCUGGACGAGAACCAACUGGAGGACGCGUGCGAGCACAUGGCCGACUACCUGGAGGCCUAUUGGAAGAGCACCCACCCCAACAGCUGCGACGCCCCGGACCCGCUGCUGACCAAGAUGCCCGCUGCCACCUUGCCCUCCUCCUCGGGCGUGCAGGGUGGCGGAGUCGAACAUCGAUCGGACAAGGCGCUAGUGGAGAGGAAGGGCUCCAGAGAGUACCACCACCAUCACCACCACCACCAGAACCAGGACCAGGACCAGGACCAGGCCGACGGCGAGGAGGACGGCGCCGACGAGGAGGAGCGCCCGCUGAGGACAGAGUCGUCCAGGAGAGGACCGCCUCCCGCCCAGCACCGCUCUUCUUCCGCCCGGACUGAGCACCACAACCACCACCACCACCACCACCGACACCACCACCAUCACCACCACCACCGAAGCAGGGGCCUCGCCCGGCAGGAAACGCUGGACUCGGAGAGCCCCGAGAGCCGCGAGAACAAGGACGCCGCUUACACGGAGCCUCACACUCAGCUCCUCCACCAGCCGCAGGACGCCGAGCGCGAAGAGGCGGAGGAGGAGGAGCAAGAAGAAGAGGAGGAGGACUUAAGGGAGCCCCAGCAAGCCCACCGGGACCACAACCACCAUCAUCAUCACCACCACCAUCAUCGUUCCAAGGAACGCGAACAGGACCACAAUGAACGUAACAAGCAGCGCACUCACCACCAUCACCAUCAACAACAACAACAAAGGUCGGCGCGGGACCACCACCACUACAACAGAGAGCCCAAAAAGAGGGGCGACGCAGGGGAAUGGGCGGGAGACUCGUACAUCCCCCAGUAGACCGCCUUUCAACUGCCCUCCCCCGAGGAUCCAUUUCCUCCCUCCGUUUGUGCUGCUACACCUCCAAACCACCGCAUCCUAUUUAUAUCCACUUCCUUCCGGUUUUUGACGGCAGCGUUUCUAUGAUCUAGAUACAAGCAUAGGGUGGAUUUGAAAAGUCUGCACACCCCUCUUCAAAUGCCAGGUUUUUGUCAUUUAAAAAAAAAAGACCAACUAUUGUCUGACCAUGUCAGGAAAGCCGACUAGAACAGCUGAACUUUAAUCGGAGUGAAUCAAAGGCAUUGCUGGUCCAAGGAUUCCAAUCCACAUCCUAAGUUUGUACCCUGUAAAUGUAACUAAAGCGAUGUAAACUACCCAUCCAUCCAUAUUCCCAACCGCUUCAUCCUCAUGCGGGUUGCCGGUGUGCUGGAGGCUAUCCCAGCUGUCAUCGGGCAGUAUGCAAGGUACACCCUGAACCGGUUGCCAGCCAAUCGCAGGACACGCACAGACGAACAACCCUUCACCCUCGCAGUCACACGUAUGGAGAAUUUUGAGUGUUCCGUUAACCAAACCGGAGUACCCGGAGAAAAGCCACGCAGGCACAGGGACGAACAUGCAAACUCCACACAGGGAGGCCGCAGCCGGAUGCGAACCCAUCACAUCUGCACUGUACGGCCUACGAAACCAGUCGACCGCCGUGCUGCCCCCGAACGAAGCAAAUGAAUACAUUAAAAAAAAUAAAAUCAGAAAGCCAACUCGAACAUCUGAACUUGAUUCAGAAUGAAUAAGGAGGACUUCAUUGCAGGUGUGUACUGACACUCAUGUGCUCGAAUGUGAUUGGUUCACUUAUAAGAGGGUGUGCACACUUGAGGAAACAUAAUUUCACAUUUUAUGUUUCCUUUUAAACUUUUUUUUGUUUGUUUUUUUGGGUUAGGUUUUAGGUCACAUUAAUGGUGGAAUGAGUCUGGCGUGGUCUGACUGUUUUUUAAUGACAAAAGUCUGGCAUUUGAACAGGAGUAUGUCAGCUUUUUAUACCUGCAUACACCUGCAUCUAUGCAUAGAUCCUUCUGGAUAUGCAUGAAUGUUCACCUAAUAUGCAUAUUUGAUAAAAGAAAAAGCAUGGCUUUUUGUACAUGUA